AUGUCGGAAAGCAUACAAGAAUGUUUGCAUUUGUAUUUGGAGGAUAAAAACGGUAAAUCUUGCAUAACAAUUUAUCUUUCAGUGACACAUGUCGAAAGAGCAUUCACGUUAUUGAAUUUAGCGUCCAACUCAUGGAAACCUGGGAAGAACUUUGCCUAUACAAGCCAUGAUAUAUUACAUUUGGCUGUAGUUGCUGCUGAGGCAAAGCUAAGCGGUACCGCUAUUUCUGUCAUUAAUGUUUUUGAGAGUGUUUUUGGUGGUAAUAAUGAAUUUUCAGAUCUAGUGUCAUUACUUUUCGCCGAAAUAUUGUUUCAAAAAAGUGAAUUUUCCAUUUUUGUACGAAUGAAAGCAACAUUAUUCAAGAGAGCAGAAAUACCUCUAUUUUUAAGGCCGAAGUUAAAGUUGCUGAUGGAUAUGCAUAUUAAAGAUUACUCUUUUAUAUUACGUUUUGGAAUACUUCUUAUCGAAACAUUCAUAAAAGUCGGAUCCAGAAAGGAAGCGAGCCAGUUGUUAGACACGUUAGCUGGUGGUGUUGCACGUCACGUUCCUGAACAAAUGGUUGAACUUCUUGCAACUGCCAGUGGGGGCAACCUAACAAGCGCUGAACGCUAUAUAAACUGGGGGCUUGGAGUGUAUAGUGGUAAUCAAACAGAAUUAUCCAUAAACCAGCCUACCAAAAGUUCUGUGUCUCAAGCAAAAGAGCGGAAUAUACCGAUGAGUGGACCAUUGGCACAUAGUUUAAUCAGCUUUGGAAUAGUACCCUCAAGUCGUCUAGCAAGGCUACGAGCAAGCACAAAAAAUCCAAGUGAACAAAGUGAAGAAUUUUUGAAAAUUCUACGACUGCUUGAAAUUCAAGAUGAAAAUAACGAAUUAAUAACGGAUAAACAAUUAGAGAAUAAAAUAUCAAACAUCGGAGAUUCACCAAUCGAUGAUACUAAUUAUAGUAGUAACAAUACUGAAAUGAUCAAUAACUCUGAGGAGAUCAUAGAUGAUGUGCUUUCUCCUAAGUUUUUAACCACUGAAACUCGAUUCAAAUUACUAGUGAGCUUGACACAGUUGGCUCUUGAUCGUGAUCUACUGCAUAUUUGCUUAAAAUGCAUCAAGCAAUGCGAGAGUAUUAUCGAGAAAGAAAAGUUAUCGGUAGUGAAUCUUUCUAUCACUUAA